CAUAUUCCCCCAACAUGGUAACAUGUAGGUGCAUUCUAGUGACAGCUGAUUAAUACUAGUGUGUGGUUCAAGUGUUCAAUAUCGUCAAAAAUCAUCACUAUGCUAGUGAAUUUAUAGUGACACCGACCCGAUUUCGCUUCUACAAAGCCUCAUUGAAAUUAUUUUGCGCAUGGCAGAAUUCGGAAUUUUCGCAUAAUAGGACGUGAAAAUGGGUGAUAUGGACGAGAAUUUAGUGAAAGCGGUGAAACACUACCAAGAUAGCUUGGACAGACACACUGAAAACAGGAACGAUAAUAAGCUGUUGCAUUACUUGGAUAGGUUGUACAAGCUCCCCAUUAAGGUGGUACAUUUGGAACAGACCGGGGUGGGUCGUACGGUGAAUGGGUUACGGAAGCUGGGUGGAGAAGUGGGUGAAUAUGCGAGGCGUUUGGUCACUAAGUGGAAAGAAAUGGUGGUGGGGGAGCAGGAGGAAGAGGAGGAUGAAGAUGAAGAAGAUGGGUAUCAGACUGGUGAAGAUCAAUCAAGUGACGACGAUACGCAAAGUCCUGAGAUAGAGCAAGUCCGAGAGAAUUCUUCUAGUCAUAGGAAAAGUGAUAAAACUCAUAACGAGACUGACGAUAGAAAUAAAGUGAGGAAAAGCGGAGAACAUUCCUCGAAAUCGGGUCAUACAAGCCAUAGUUCAGAGUCUAAAUCUUCCAGCGAGAAAGAUAGACAUAAAGAAAAUGGCCAUGACAGACACAAGUCACAUAAAAGGAAAGCUGAAAGUAGUGAGGAUGAAACUCCAAAGAAAAAAAAGAAGAGUGAGGGUGACAGUAGACACAGACGGCGGAUCGACAGCGACAGCGAAGACGACAAGAAAAGAGACAGAAAACACAAAAAGUAUGAUAAACCAGAAAAGAAGAAACCCAGAGACUCCUCAGACGACGACAGCGAGCAUGAAACUAAAUCAAAGGAAAAAAGACACAAACACGAGAAGAAAAAAAUUCGAGAGUUGUCUGACGAAGACAGCGACGACGAAUACAGAAGUCGUGAAAAGAAAAAGUCGCACAAGUCACUUGAUAAAGAUAAAGAAAAACCAAGUACAUCGAAAGACACCCAUAAAGAUAAACACAAACAUAGCAAAAAAGAAGACUACAAGAGGCACGAACACAGCUCUAAAACCAAAGAGAAUGAUAAAAAGAGUAAACACAGAAGCGAAGAGAAAGAGCGAACGAAGGAUAAAGGCGACGAUAAAAAAGAAAAAAAGAAAAAGGUGGCGAAUGGGGGUUUGAAAAUUACUGGGAUCGAUUCCGGCUCUGGAACGAGUUUCGCGGAGGCUUUGGGGAUGUGCGAGCCCUCCUCUAGUAAAAGCAGCGCUAAGAAAAAGCCAACUGAGAAAAAGGAGAAGCCGCCGAGUAAAUCAGAUGAUUCGGUUCCUAAAUUACUAUUAAAAGAACCAGUCGUCGAGCCUCUAGAUCUGAAUCUAUCAAGCCUCCUCCCCUCAAUCACUCCCAAUUAUCGCCCUCUAGGUAAUCUACUAUCUUCCGAUGCCCAACCCAAGAAGUUCUUGUCGGAGUCCGAAACCCUCAGCAACAUCAUCAGUUCCAAGAACCAAAGGACUAAGGUUUAUUCAGGCAAUAAAGUAGGUUACGGCAAAGUCCCGUCGCUCUUCGAGCUGUGCACCCGAAUCCUCCAAGACAACAUCGACGCCUUAGAAUACACCGGCGGCGUCCCUUACAUCAUCCUAAAACCCAUAUUAGAAAAAGCCACCCCCAACCAACUCUACAUGAUGGAGCACCACAACCCCUACCUAAUCGAAGACACCGACGAACUCUGGCAGUUACACUGCCAAAAGGAAUUCAGAAACAAGCCCCGCCAAGAACUCGAAACCUGGCGCGAAAUGUACUUGCGGUGUCUGGACGAACGAGACGCCAAACUCAAAGCUCUAACUGCCAACAUCAAGCAAUCGCAGGAUAAGUCGCUCCCAGUGCGCAUGACUAAACUAGCGUACGUGGACGCGGUGGCGAAGCCACCGCGAAACAUAGCGCGAAAGCAAGCCAAAAACGGAACCGCCUUCGAUAUUCGCAAGCCUGCCGUCACACCUUCGUCCAGACUGAACUCGCUGGCCACCGCAGGAGAGGCCGGGAAGGUAGCCGUGCCUAACCCGGGAAGUCGGGCGGUGGAGAGGACGAGCAGUCACGCCACCAAGCCGAAAAAAGCGCCUUUAAUGUUGAAAAGUAUAAGUUCUUUUAAGAACAGGUUCAAGAGAUAACCUGAACGGGACUCGAUUUUAAUUGCGGUGGGAUUAUACUAGUACAAGUCUAUUGUUUCGGCUGUAAGUAUAGUUUUACGGUUUUUGUGUUUGUGGUAGGAUUGGUUCCGUGAUUUUAUCGUUUGUGAUUAGUUAGGAUUUAACAGUCGGUCUUUUUAUGAUUUAGAUUUUUUUAUGUUGACGUUUUCGUCGGUGCUGUUGAGCAAUGUGAUUGUGUUAUGAUUGUAUCAUAUGUUGUCAUUGUAUAUUGUCAUUUCACGAGGUUAUACUGGAGACAGUGUAAAAGUCGGAACGAUUGUUGUAAUUAUGUAAAUUAGAUUUUAAAGUAAUUUAAAAUAUUUUUAUAGACAUAAGGACCUACUUAUAUGUUAAGUAAUAAAGGUGUACACGCUGCGGCGCAA